AUGUCUACAUCAGCAUCCACCUAAGAAAUAGGCGAACCCACAGCGUGACACGUCAGAAACUCACCGUUUCACUAAAGAGUGAUUUUAUGGUUACGGGCUUCUUCGCGGUGGGCUUCACGGUGCGUUUCUUUUGCGGCCCAUCGCCACAGUCUUCUACGGGAACCCUAAUCAGAUGCUUUCUUUCGUGUUCUUCGUUCGUCUUGAAUCGGCGCAGAGACUAUCUAGCUUCUGUAACGGUGAUUGUGGUUUAAUCGUCUUUAUUCCCCAUCCCACUACGAGUCUACCUCUUGCGCUGUCCGUCUGCUAGAUUUGUAUAAAUAUGCUGCAGCCUCUGGCGAUCCCUUUGAUGAAGCUGGUAUGGAUGAAAACUUCGGAGACGGAGAGCGAAGGGAGACUCUCCACUUUCAUCUUCAAUACUUUAAAACAUCAUCAUAUGGAUACUGCCCAAAACGGAGCCAGGUCUGGUGAUUUGAACAAUCAAAUCCGCCGUUCAAAGCCAACAAUGGAGUUUCAAGACUUUGUCAGGGACGGAUAUUCAGAAGGAAUCUUUUGCUCGAGCUUCCUUCCUGUCGGUUCGACUAAAUUACUCCUCCUUUACGAGAUAUUGUGGAUCUCAACCUGUAAAAAGAUUUGCAGGCUAGCCGAUGUUCUUCAACCGUCAAGGUCUCUGAUUUUGGAAAGCGAACACAGUGGAGAGCUGACGGAUGUGGACAUGCUCCUGCUAAGGUGAUUCUGUUUUUAAACAGUUUAUGAGCUAAGAACAGGUAUUUGAUCAUAAGAGUUGGCGUGUUUGGAGACGUUUGCAAUGAAAAGAGAUAAAUGCGCAAGAGAAUGGAUGCGGAUUAUGUUGAAUAUUAUGAAUCUUUGUGAAUUGGAUUUGUUAGGUUAGUGGGAAUAAUUGUUUUCAGAAAAAAAAAAGGUUAGUGAUAAUGAUGAUGAUGAUAGGUGGAAGGUGAUGAUGGUACAGUUGUCUUGAGAAACACCAAGUAUGGCAUGAUACGCUAGAUUUGAUCAAAAAGGGCAUGAUGCAGUUGAUAUACACAACAUUGUUGCUUUGAAAUCUAUCUUUUUUUAAUGUCUUUCUGCUAA